AUCACACAAUGAGACCUGCCUUAAAGCUAUCAUACCAUGUGAAUACAAUACUGUUGGAUGUAAUUUCACAAUGAAACGAGAAGAACGAGACAAACACAACGAAGAAUCAAUAAAACACCAUCUUGAUAUAGCCAUGAAGAAGAUUGAUGCUCUACAGUUAACAAAUCAAGUUUUUAAACUAAAUGAAUAUACAGAGAAAAAAAAAAGAUGAGGAUUGGUACAGCCCAGGCUUCUAUACAUCUCCAGGAGGAUAUAGGAUGUCAUUAAAUGUCUAUCCUAAUGGUAAUGAUGAUGAUGAUAGUAAAGGUACACACGUCUCUUGCUACAUACAUCUCAUGGCAGGAAAAUGUGAUGAUACAUUGGAGUGGCCAUUUCAAGGAGAAGUCACUAUAGAACUACUGAAUCAACUGGAGGAUAAGAAUCAUUGGCAGUUCACCAUAUCAUUUGAUGAAUCAACAGAUGGCGAUUGCAAACAAAGAGUAACCGAAGAAGGUUCAUCAGGAUGGGGUACAACUCAAUUCGUACCACAUUCUCAAUUAGAGUAUGAUGCUCCUACUAAUUGUCAGUAUCUUAAAGAUGAUAGUCUGUACUUCAGAGUCAGUGUAAAGGUGACAUCAAGGACAAAGCCAUGGCUAGCACUCUGAUAAGCUCAGUAUAAUUUUUAUUAGUAUAACAAUAAAUUACUGUGUGCUUAAAAAGUUAUGUUUUUUACAAUUUUAAAUAUCUGUUUAAAUUAGUAGCAAAA